UGGGGAACCUGCCUGUGCUGGGUGGAGUCUGAGUUAAGGUCAGAAGUAUCUUUCAGGGAACCAGGAGCUCAGGAUCAUGUCGGGGAAGCCCAGGCUUACCUACUUGAAUGGAAGGGGCCGGAUGGAGUCCAUACGAUGGCUGUUGGCAGCAGCUGGUGUGGAGUUUGAAGAAGUUUAUUUGGAAACAAAAGAGCAGUAUGAGAAGUUAAUCAAAGAUGGAUUCCUGCUCUUCCAGCAAGUGCCCCUGGUUGAGAUCGAUGGGAUGAAGAUGGUGCAGACCAGAGCCAUCACGAGCUACAUAGCAGGGAAAUACAAUCUCUAUGGGAAAGACUUGAAGGAGAGAGCCCUGAUUGACAUGUAUGUGGAGGGAAUAUCAGAUCUGAUGCAAAUGAUUUUGAUGUUUCCUUUCUCUCCACCUGAUGCAAAGGAGAAAAAUCUUGAGUCAAUUAAGGACAGAGCAACUAACAGGUACUUUCCAGUCUUUGAAAAGGUUUUGAAACAACAUGGCCAAGACUUUCUUGUGGGCAACAAAUUCAGCUGGGCAGAUGUUCAGCUAAUGGAAGCCAUUUUAGCAGUGGAGGAGAAAGUUCCUGACGUGAUCUCAGGGUUUCCUCAGCUGCAGGUGUUUAAAACCAAAAUGAGCAAUAUGCCUACAAUUAAGAAGUUCCUGCAGCCUGGCAGCCCAAGGAAACCCCCACCAGAUGCCCAUUAUGUAGAAACUGUGUUGAAGAUUUUUAAGAAAUGAAAGCCUUGCCACCUUUGGUGAGACCCAAAAUGCUGGGAGAGCAGGAGAAAGCAGAGCAGCAACCCCAAACCCUAAACCAAAGGAGAAGGAAGCUCAGCAAAUUAGUAUUGUUUUAGUUAAAACCAGUGCUAGAGGAACAAAGCAACCCAUACCAGAAAUAAAGCUUUCUGUUAC